ACAGACGACAAAAGGAUAGAAGAUAGUCCUCGACAUACACGCGCCUGGGAGGGGCUGUGCGUCCGUAAACAGUUGAGUGUGCUAUUUUGAUCGAGUCGACUGGCCGGCACGACGAUGCGAGGCGCAAGUUCUUGGCCAGCGUACUCCCUACCUGGCCUGCCUGGUACACUACAGCCUAACUAAGGUACAUUAGUCUGGUCGUCAAGGAGCGGAACACAAGCGCUUCUCGCUGGAAGUGGUCUUAUUCAAGACUAUAGCAUAACAGCAGCUCGAACACCUGCCACCCUGUUCAUCAAGCCCACCUACAGCUACAGCUAUCAGACUUCCAUCUCCGGACCACACCACCAUAAUGUCGACGCUGCACGUUCCAUCCCCAGCCUGCCCGCCAGCUGUGGCCUCCACAGAGCUGGAGCUACACUAUCUCGCCGAAGGGGCCGCCAACAUUAUAUACAGCGUCUCCGUUCUCUCGCCGCAAUCACUGCAGGAGCACUCGCACUGCUGCGUGAUGCGGCUACGCAAAGACCUGCGGUCCACUAAGCCCGCCGUGGCAGUUAUGGCCGACUUCGACAGGCGUAUCGCCCCCCUCUUCACCGGCUACGAGUCCCUCCUCAUGACGCAAAGCUUGUACAAGCUCACUCCUGAAAUGGUCCGCGCGGCAACAGAGGAGCUCCUGGAAAUGGACCACGUGGACUUAUCCGCCCUGUCAGCGGAUCUCGACAAUUUGGAGGGCAAGCCGAGAAGGGGUCUCCGCCCUCACCACAGACGGCACGUGUAUUUGCCCGCGUACGAAGAUGAGCAGUAUGGCAUCUUGAUGCAGAAUCUCCAAGGCCCGGGAAUAGACUGGCUCGUGGAGUUCAAGCCAAAGUGGCUGGUACAGAGUCCAAGUGCGCCUGUGGAGGCGAAGAAUUGCCGCACGUGCGCGUUGAAUGCGAUGCGGAGACAAAAACAGAAGCACCAAGGGAGAGGUGAUUCCGGAUUCUGUCCUUUGGAUCUGCUCGAGGAAGGCGACGCGUUGGAGCGCGCACUGGCGAAGAUCUGGCCGCCAAUCGAAGGAGACUUCCGGGAGUUUGUGGCAGCUUUCAAGAAGACGGUUCAGCCUGCGCUGUUUCACUUGAGAAAGCUUCAGGAGGAGCACGGAAGCGUCGGGCUGAAGGAUUUCCAGAACCCGAUAGGGAAGGAUUUUGGGGUGGCUAUGGCCUUGAGAGACUGCAGUGUUUUUCUGGCGCUGAGGAGGAGGAAGAACGAGCCCCAGGAUCAAGGUGUGCUUGUCGAACUAGUUGAUGUCAAGUUCGCGGACUUGGACUUGAAGAGCAUCGAAGGGGGAAAGGUCCAGAAAUGGGCAACCAUGGAGCAAGAGCUGCUCGAUGGCGGAUGGUAUUAUAGCCGUGAAGAUUCUAAUUGUUCGUUAUCCCGUUAA